CUCAAACACGCAAACCUAUAGACUAAACACGUAAAUGAAUGCAAGAAUGCAUUAAAGGUAUUCAGUUUCCAGUAGGAAAUGUGUAAUUUAAGCGGCCCCUAAAGUAAUAAACAAUUUUUACAACUGAAGUGCUUCAAUCAAAAACCAGCUUUAGCUCGAUAAGAAUUUCACUAUUGUCACUGUGAAGCUGCUUUGAAAUAAUAUGUACUGUGAAAAGCGCUAUAUAAAUGAAGAUGACUUGACUAGACUAAAGAUGGCAUCUGCAAUUGAAGGCAUGCCGGCCACACUCCUGUGUUGAUGGCUCUGUUGCUGUAGACCAUUUAAAAAUGUUAAAUAGCUACACAAAUAAUAAGUUUAGGUUACAACUGCAUCUGUCUCUGGAAAAAAAAUCAGUGAUUGACUUUUAUUGUUAUUUUCAAAGAUUAUUAGAUAUUUCGCAAAGAUUAUUAUAAUUCAUUAUAAAGUGAAUGCUAUUCCAUUCUUAUUUCGCUUUGGAUCCUGAAUGAAAAAAUAUUUUUGCUGUGAACGAUUAGAAAUGCAAACUAUUUGUUUUUUAAUCCAUGGGUGCUUCUCAAUACUCAAAUUGAUGCUUCCUUGUUUCCUCGCUCCUACAUCCUCCAUUCUGUGACCCGGAAACCAAUCAAACCUUCUUGAGGGACAUCUCAAUUCUCUAAUUGCACUGCAAGGAGGUGAGGAACAAGGAGUGAGGAAGCUUCCCGAGGAGCUAUGAGUGAGGAUACACACGUGUAUCCUUUCCGGAAGUCUUGCUCGUCGAGAAACCUGACGCGAAUAGGUGAGCCUGAUGUGGAUGUGUGUCCGUCAGAUGAGGAGCCGGCAGAGGGAAUCAAUGAAAGACAACAAGGAGCUCCACUGGAGAAAGAUGCUGUGAAGUAUGAGAAGUCAAACAAAAAAAAGAAGAAGAAAAAGGCACCAGCUGAUGAAAAGGACAAUUUGGGAACAGGAGAUAAUAUUGAUGCUAUUUUAGAGACCCUGGAUAGGAGCAAAGGCCUGUCGCAUCGAAGCACAGACAACAGCGCCUCUGAACACAGACCUGUGUUGUACGUGGAACACAGGAAUCUGAAUCCAGAGACAGAGUUGAAGAGGUAUUUUGGAGCACGGGCUGUUCUGGGAGACCAGAGAUUGAAACAGAGACAGAGGCAGUUUCAUCGGUGCACUUGGAUGACUGUUUAUAAAGACACAUGGCCCCGCUUCAGUCGACCAGGUCAGACCUUACCCAAUUUAUUUCAUUUUCCCAGAAUGUUUGUUCAGUGCACAGAAAAUAACACCCAGAGCCACCACUGUAUCAGUUUGUAGGAUUUGUGCAGGGCUGGCCUGUGGGUUUGUGGGCCCCACUAAUAUUGGCAUAAUAUUAAAACUUUAUAACCACCACAAAUAUGACAAAUACACUGAAAUAAAAAUACUAAUAAGAAGUACACUGUAGGUUGACAAAUAAUGUCUAUAAAUUUUCUUUUUUAAAGGAUUAGUUCACUUUCAAAUUAAAAUUUCCUUAUAAUUUACUCACCCUCAUGUCAUCCAAGAUGUUAAUGUCUUUCUUUCUUCA